AACUUCAGCACGGCGGAGUGAAGGAACACUAACUUCUCUGAACAAGACACGAGUUCACGCAGCCAGCCAGAUUAGAGACUUACUACUUUGGAUUUUUACAAAAAGUACUCCUGCCAAAAGAGACUCGAAGGCUCCUGUUGCCAGCUUUAAGAGGCUCACAGUUUCACCGUAAUCACACUGCGCGGUUUUCCCGGCAGCUCAAGGUUUGUGCGGAGCGCCAUGGUCACCCACAGCAAGUUUGACAACGCAAUGAGCAGCAGCCUGCUUGACGCAAACAUGCGGCUGCCGUCUCACCGUUACAAAACCUUCAGCUCAAAGCUACAGUACCAGAUGGUGCAGCACGCCAUCAGGAUGCUCCAGGAGAGCGGCUUCUACUGGGGCUCCAUCAGCGGCAAAGAGGCCAAUCACUUGUUGAACUCGGAGCCCAGCGGGACCUUUCUGGUCCGAGACAGCUCGGACAACCGGCACUUCUUCACGCUCAGCGUCAAGACCGAGUCGGGCACCAAGAACCUGCGGGUGCAGUGCGACAACAAAUCAUUUUUCCUUCAGACGGACUCCAAGAGCAUGCAGUCCGUGCCCCGCUUCGACUGCGUGCUGAAGCUCGUCCAUCACUACAUGCCCUCUUCUAGAAGCCCUCUGGCCAUUGGAAACUCUCGGAAUGCUUACUACAUCUACACAGGGGGCGAGAAAAUCCCCUUGGAGCUAUUGAGACCCCUUCCUUGCACAAUGUCCUCCCUACAGCAUCUCUGCAGGAAGACUGUCAAUGGACAUAUAGACGUCUCCAGCAAAAGAGAGCAGCUGCCUCAACAGCUGAAAGACUUCUUACAAGAGUACGACGCUCCUAUUUAAAGAGCUCUGGCUAUUGAAGAAACGAGAAGCAGUGAGGGAGCUAAAGCUAGCUUGACGGGCCUUAAAGGUCACAUGCUUUUUGGAAGCUUGUUGGACUAAGAAGUACUGAGCUGUUCAUGAGUACAUGGAGUUAGCCAGUCAGCCGUGUGUGGUCAUGAGUACUAUCACUGAUGCAUUCUUAUGUGACUGAUCUUGAAGCACCGUUCUUGCCUUAACAGUCUCAAUGAAUGGACGGUUUGUACCGUUUUCUGUACCAGUGCCAGUAUCGUAACCCACUCUGUGGGCACCAAUCACUGCCUCUGCACUGCCCCGAAUCUGUGAGCUCCGCCAAGCAGGGAGACAGCGAGCCAAAUAUUUCUUUCAAAUAAAUAUUUGUGCCUUU